GGCGUCACGUGUCCCUCCCCCUUCAGAGAGAGUUGGAUUCGGCUCCGGGAUUGUAGCUCCCCCAUACAAACACAGACACGGUGCCUUGUUUUGGUUUUCUACUGGAUUUACAAACUGUUCGGAUGUUGGGUAAAAUCGCCCAGGCUGCAUUGGAUCCAGAUAGUAAUGAACUUUCUGGGCUUCAGUGCGAAGAUGAAACAUCAGAUGCAAAGAUUUUUCACCAUGUGUUUUUGGUAGAUUACACUUUUGCAUUCGCAGUAACAUUCGCAGCGCCGAAGCAAGCUGCUCGCUAGGCUAAAUGGGGUCGUACGCUGACUGUGCUUGUUUUGAUAGUGCAUUUGGAACUCCGGACUGAAGUGAGUUAUUAUUCCUCGAUCCAAGAACCUUUUAUAUUUAUUCAAGAAAUUGGGAUAAGUGGGUGGAGACUUCAGUUUACGUUUAACAAAUUGUGUUGCUGUUGAAAAUGUAACAUGCUGCUAAAGGAUUCGACCAACUUUAACACUGUACCGAGAGUAUUGAAGUCCGGUAGCUAGCAUUGCUUUUGGUACGACGCUGUUAGCUAGCCAGCUAGCUGGCUAAUUUAAGCGUUUGCCUUGGCAAAAUUAGCCCACAAGUCCAGGCGGGGUAAAAUCGCUUGCAAUUUCAUCAAUGGGGAAAGAAAAUUGAAUCCCUGUGGUGCUCUCUUUUGAAUUCGGCAUAAGUGCAACAUUAAAAAUAUUUCAACUUUUUUGAUAUCGUCUAACUAUAUAAUUUCCCAAAAUGGCUAGUCCAACCUCAGAACAGGGUUGUUUUUCGGACGUAAGAAAGGUGGGAUAUUUAAGGAAGCCUAAAAGCAUGCACAAGAGGUUUUUUGUCCUGCGCGUCGGGAGUGCGGCGGGACCUUCUCGCCUGGAGUACUACGAGAAUGAAAAGAAAUGGAGGCACAAGUCCGGAGCUCCCAAACGUUCCAUACAGCUGGAGAGUUGUUUCAACAUCAACAAGCGAGCGGAUUCCAAAAACAAAUUUCUAGUUGCUCUGUACACUAAGGACGAGUACUUUUCUAUCGCUGCCGACAGCGAGACCGAGCAGGAUGCCUGGUACCAAGCAUUGGUAGACCUGCACAACAGAGGUAAAGUCCACGAUACCGCUGCGGGCAACGGAAUAGGAGAGGAUAAUUACAGCGAGGCUUCGCCAGGACCUGCCUUCAAAGAGGUCUGGCAAGUUAUUUUGAAACCAAAGGGCCUGGGACAGACGAAGAACCUCAUUGGGAUUUACAGACUAUGCCUGACGAACAAAACUAUCAGCUUUGUCAAGCUGAACUCUGAUGCUGCCGCCGUUGUUCUGCAGCUGAUGAACAUCCGGCGGUGCGGCCACUCUGAAAAUUUCUUUUUCAUCGAGGUCGGGCGCUCCGCAGUGACUGGCCCCGGUGAGUUCUGGAUGCAGGUGGACGAUUCAGUUGUGGCGCAGAACAUGCACGAAACUAUCCUGGAGGCCAUGAAAGCAAUGAGUGAAGAGUUCCGGCCGCGCAGCAAGAGCCAGUCAUCCUCCUCUCACUGUUCCAACCCUAUCUCUGUGCCUGUACGCCGGCAUCAUCAUAACAACCCUCCACCAAGUCAGGUGGGUCUGGGGCGUCGCUCGCGAGCAGAGAGUGUGACAGCCACAUCUCCAGCUGGACCAGGAAAGCACAGUCACUCAUUCCGCGUUCGUGCGUCCAGUGAUGGGGAGGGGAGCAUGUCGCGGCCAGCCUCAGUGGACGGUGGCAGUCCCAGCAGUCCCUGCAGUGGCGGCUUACGCACCCAGUCAUACCGUCAACGCGCGGGGGGCUCUGCACGCCUACACCCACCCCUCAAUCACAGCCGCUCCAUCCCCAUGGCAACAAGUUCGCGCUGCUCACCGUCAGCCGUGAGCCCAGUCAGCUUGUCAUCCAGCAGCACCAGUGGACAUGGCUCCACCUCUGAUGGCCUGUUCCCAAGGCGGUCUAGCGCUUCCAUCUCGGGGUCACCCAGUGACGGCGGCUUCGUGUCAUCGGACGAGUACGGCUCGAGCCCUGGAGACUUCAGGGGAGGCGCGUUCCGGAGCGCCACGCCCGACUCUCUCGGCCACACCCCUCCGGCGAGGGAGGAGGAGUCUCUGGUCUCGGAUUAUAUCUCCAUGACCCAGACGCCGCGACGACUGGAUGAGCCCGAGCACGAAAAGAGCUUCCGCAAGCGGACACACUCCUCGGGUACUGCGUCACCCCCUGUGACCUGCCACCAUCAGAAAACGCCCUCUCAGUCAUCGGCAACGUCGCUGGAGGAGUAUGCAGUCAUGCUGCCCGCCUACCCCUGCAUCCGGCCCUCUCCUUCUGCCCCGGCAACGCCCUCUCCCUCAUCCUCCUCGUUACCAUCGGCAACCUGCCGGCACUCGGCCUUUGUUACCCCACACUCAUACCCGGAGGAGGGGCUAGAAGUGGUAAGUGGAGAAGCCUCCACCCAAAAGGAUGAUGGCUACAUGCCCAUGUCGCCAGGCGUGGCUCCCUCCUCUGUCAUCUCCAUGGCGACAGUCACCAUGAGCACAGGUAUAGUCUCUGGGGGUGACUACAUGCCCAUGAGCCCCAAGAGCGUGUCGGCGCCGCAGCAGAUUGUCAACGCCUCCCCAAGGCACCGUCUCCAUGACAACGGAGAGGUGGACGCCAGUGGCUACAUGAUGAUGUGGCCCAGCAGCAGCUGUUCGCCCGACGGGCCCGGGAGGCUGCUGAGUGCUGGCGUCCCGGCGACGAGCCGCGUGACUGCUCCCGCAGCGCCCCCUUCAGGCGACUACAUGAACAUGUCCCCCGCCAGUGGCUCAGCCACCAGCACCCCCCCGGACUCCUACUUCAGCACCAGUGCGGGCGGAUACUUCUCCCUCCCGCGGUCCUUCAAACAUGCCCACCGCAAGCAGGCCGAUCACACCUCCUCCUCAUCAUCUUCGCCACGCCUGUCGCUUGGCGCUGGGCGCCGUGCCUACACCGAUUCCUCUUCUUCCUCCACCAGCAGCGAUAGCCUGGGCGGUGGCAGCGGUGGUGGAGGUGGCAGUCACGGUAACGGCCAGCAUCCGAGCCGGCAGCAGCCGCCUUUGGGCCGCUCCAAGCGCCUGUCGGAGACGGGGGAGAGUCGGCUGGCACGGCCCACCCGCCUGGCACUGGAGGGCGGACGAGCGAGCACACUCCCCCGCUCGCGCCAGACCCCCUACCAGCCUGAGCCCCGCAGCCCCGGAGAGUAUGUUAACAUCCAGUUCAACGAUCGAUGCUUCUCCUCCAGCCUUGCCUCGCUCUUCCCAGCCUCUGAGAGGCCCGCUGAGAUCUUUGCCUCCUCUGACCCACCGGCCAAGCUCUUCCCUUCCUCUGAUAGGCUAGCUGAGCUGUUUCCAGUCUCUGAUGGGCCAGUUGAGCUGUCUGUCCCACCUUCCUCCUCCACUGACUACAUGAACAUGCAGUUAGGUUCUUCAAAUGGGCUGUCAGUCACCGGGGUAACGACCUCUGACCUCCAUGACCUGUCUGACUAUGCAGUGGUGACCCCUGGCCCAGUUCCACCUGGCUCUGCUGCGCUGCCAUGCGACAGUAUCUGUCAGCGUGACUACCUGAGCAUGCAGGUGUUCUCUGGAUCUCCUGUAAUGCUCCUAAACCCAUCCUCCUUGGCAGACGACCCGACCGCUGGCCCCACCUCCCAUUCCAUCUCACCCAAUGGCAAUGAGACGCCAGGUGUGAGCAGCCCUCUGAUUGGCCCCCUCUCUGGCCUCAGUGCCUUCACGCGUGUAUCCUCGGUCACGCCCCCCAGCCGCAGCCAAGGCAUCACCAAGGUGAUCCGCGCCGACCCCCAGGGCCGGCGGCGUCACAGCUCCGAGACCUUCGCCUCCACUACGACCAAGAGCCCAGUUGGCACAGCGAACGGGACGGCAUGCCAGGCCGCAGAGGAAGUUAAGCGCCACAGCUCCGCUUCCUUUGAGAACGUCUGGCUGAAGCCCGGCAGCGAGCCCGUCUCCACGACAACGGCAUCCCUGACAUCACCUGCUUCCGCCAGCGCAAGAAGAUCGGGAGUAGAGACGGGUCCGAUGGCAGCCCUCCUGACCCGGAACCAGAACGGGCUGAACUACAUCGACUUGGACCUGGCCCAUGGGCGUGAGCCUCUGCCAGCCGAUUGGAACACGUUCAGCACCAAGGCCGGAGAUGCAGGAGUGGGAGGGACAUCUGACGAUCUGAGUGCCUACGCAAGCAUCACCUUCAACUCCCCGCAAGACAGCAGAGAAGAGUGACGAGUUGGAUCUGAUGGGUCUUCGUGUCUGCAAAAACCUAAAUUCCCGAGGGAGGCUCCCAUCGACUGGACCUCUGGAAAACCACACACAAACGGACCUCACAAAGCCUGGACCACUGUAGAAACACACACACACACACACACACACACACACACACUCACUCACUCACUCACAAACGUACCAUAACAGGGAAAACCAGUACUCACCAACCAUACCUCGUAAUAUUGCCGGACUUCAGCCAUGCCAGUUUUACCUCCUUAAAGCUGGACCUCACCACAAACUUCAGCACCUCAGUAGUACUAUCAACCACAGCACCAAACAUGCAAGAACCUCUGGACCUCAGCCAAACCCUGGACCUCAGAUGGCUGUGUGGCAAUCAGGUGGCCGGUGGCCACAGCCGCACACUCAGCCUAACUCUGUUACACACAUACACACUCUCUCUCUCACUCACACACACACACACACACACACACACACACACACACACACUCACACUCGCAGUCAAAAGGGUGGAGACCUUUACUCACCCUGAGGUACAUGGAUACACUUUUACACCGAGGUACUCACCAACAGUGCACACAUAUGGUACACACACAUUUAUACUGUAUGGACACACAGGUACAGACAGACUGUCUCUCUCUCUCACAGACACACACAUAUACUGAAUGCAUAUUGUUACAAACAGGUACAGACAGACUCACACACACACACACACACACACACACACACACACACACACACAGGCUUAUUCUC